AUGCUCAUCUGUCAAUGUGGAGUACUAUAUUGGCUAUUUGGUGGUAAAAUCCUGAAUCCUUGAAGUCUAGGACAUGUUACUAAGUGGUUGCCAGUACUCCAGGAACAAAAAUACACUGGGAUGUUUGCAGUGACUGAGAGGGGCCAUGGGAGCAACGUGAAAAGGAUUCAGACUGAAGCCGCCUUUGACCUUGCUGCACAGGAGUUUGUCAUGGACACACCAUGUGAAAAUGCCCAGAAGAUGUACAUUGGAAAUGCCAUGAGUGGGAAUUAUGCAGCUGUCUUUGCCCAGCUCCUUAUAACGGGAAGAUCUCAAGGGGCCCACUGUUUUAUUGUUCCUAUUUGGGAUGAAAAUGGAAGCUUGUACCCAGGAGUGACAGCUAUUGCUAUGAUGCACAAAGAAGGUCUGAAUGGUGUGGACAAUGGGACUCUCCUCCUACACAAAAGAAGUCAAUAUAGAAUAGCAAUGAAAGCAGAGAUUUUGAGGUUUGGUUCUGUGACUCCAGAUGGACAGUACUAUUUGUCUAUUAAGAACAAGUAUGCGAGAUUCAAUGUGAUGCUGGCAGCACUGACCUCUUCAAGAUUAGCGUUGGCCUUCCAAGCUAUGGGCAGUAUGAAGCUCGGGUUGACAAUAGACAUUCGUUACAGCCACAGCCAGAGACAAUUUGGUCCUGAGGCCAGAGAAGAGGUGAAGAUCAUUGAGCAAAAACACACCUCUCUCCCGCUGAAGCCUCACCUGACCACAGUGUUGGUCCUGACCUUUGCCAGCAGAUGGGAUGUCCUCCUGGAUGAGGACAUCUUCCAAGGGAAAGAUCUCAUCAAUAAUCAUUCCCUGCAGGCUUUGGUGGCAGGACUGAAGGCCUACAGUACCUGGGAAAAUAUCCACUGCCUGCAGGAUUGCCGCGAGUGCACUGGAGGCAUGUGUUACCUGAUGGAAAAUGGAAUCUCAGGCCUAAAGUGUGACACAGAUGUGUUGGUAACUUUUGAAGGUGACAAUGUUAUUUUGCUUCAGGUUGUGGCCCAGGAACUAUUGGCUCAAUACACCAAGCGGUAUAAAGAAAAACGGCUCUUUGCUCUGCUUCAGAGCUGGGUGGCACCUGCUGUGGACCAGCUGAGAACCAGCUUCCUGGCAUUUAACUGGGACACAGUUGGUCACCUCACCUUUCUCUCGAAAGCAGUAAAUUUUUGAGAAGGGGUUCUUCAGUGGAGUUUGGUGGCCAGAAUUGAUCAUAAGGUGGUGAGCAAGCAAGAAGACAUCUUCUUUGUAUGGAACUCCUGUCUGCACCAUGUCACCUCCCUGUCUCUGGCCCACAUUCACAGAGUUACAUUACAGCAGUUCUCACUGGCACUGCAGAGCUGUCCUGACCCCAUGGACCAGGCUUUGUUAAUGAAGUUUUGCCCGCUGUAUGGAACCAAGCUAGUGUUCCAGGAGCGAGCCUGGAAUUUAGAACAGAAGUACUUGAAUCCCAUGACCAGCUUGAGGAUCAGGAAUCAGUGGCUGCACCCGUGCGCGUCGGUGAAGAAUGAUGCCCUGAGGGUGGGGUCUGCCUUGAACCUUCCACUCGCCGACCUCCAAGCGCCGACAGCGGGAAUCCCCGACCCGCAGGCCUCCUGGGCCCUCUAUCCCGCGCCCGCGGAGCCAGCCGCCCGCCCUCCAGGCCCGCACCCCGCGCCCCGCGCCAAGCUGUACCCCGCGUGGCGUGGUGUGAACCGGCCCCUUUGGAGCUGCCACGAAGCUGGCCCCGCUAGCCCCGGGAGCUGGGGCUGA